AUGGGCUCGAUGAAAUCUCCUCUCCUGCUGCUACCAGUUGCCAAAGAAGAUAUCCCCACAUGUGUCGAUAUCUGGUUCAAAGCCUUCUCAACAGACAAGGACAUGGUGCGAAUAUUCCCCGAUACGCCGGGCUUGCGAGAAUGGACGGCGGGGUAUAUUACCCUUGAUCUCGAGACCAAGCCAUAUCAAUAUUAUGUCAAGGUAGUGGAUCCAGAGAUCACGGACGAGCGUGGUCAAGCUCAGAUACUCGCCUAUGCGAAAUGGGAUACAGCCUCGAUGGAAGUGCGAGGUCGACGAUUUCCGCCUUGGGCGGCAGAGACACCAGCGGACGAAGCUACUAGUGUUUUUGACUUUCUGAAUGGCAACCGGAGUCGUGUUAUGGGGGAUUUGAAGCAUUAUUAUCUGGACAUGCUCUGUACUCACCCUGAUUUCCAGAAGCGUGGGGCUGGUUCGAUGCUAGUUAAAUGGGGCUGCGAUUUGGCUGAUGAGGCUGGAGUGUCUGCAUACGUCGACGCGAGCAAGACGGGCGCGCCUCUGUACGAGAGAUUUGGCUUCGUUGAUCGCAGUCUACCUGAUCAGGGCAAUAUUGCUGCAAUGGGUCGUUUCAAGGGGACGUAA